GGCCCCGGCGGGCCCCGCAGCGCCGCGCUGGCCCGGCCCCGCCGCGCUGCCCCGCCCGGGCCGGCUCCGCCAGCCGGGGAUGAGGUCGCCGGCCGGCAGGGAAGGCGGCGGGCGGCGGCGGCGGCACCACCAGCAGCGAUGGGCGGCUGCGGGGGCCGCGGCGGAAAGCAACGCGGACUGGAUGGGCUCGCUGCCGGCGGCGCUGCGCUCCUACCCGCUCUCCAACCUGGCCAUCCCGGGGUCACAUGAUUCUUUCAGCUACUGGGUUGAUGAGAAAUCUCCUGUGGGACCAGAUCAAGCCACAGCCAUCAAACGCUUGGCCAGAAUUUCUUUGGUUAAAAAGAUCAUGAAGAAAUGGUCAGUGACUCAAAACCUGACUUUCAAAGAGCAACUGGAAAGCGGGAUCCGCUACUUUGAUCUUCGUGUAUCUUCCAAACCUGGGGAUAUAGGACAAGAGAUUUACUUCAUACACGGCUUGUUUGGUAUCACAGUAUGGGAUGGUCUGAAGGAGAUCAACACCUUUCUUGAACAGCACCCCAAGGAAGUAGUCUUCUUGGAUUUCAAUCACUUCUAUGCCAUGGAUGACAGCCAUCACUGCUUCUUGAUCAACAGGAUCCGCUCAGCAUUUGGAUCCAAGCUUUGUUCUGUUGAAUGUGUGGAACAUGUGACAUUAGAGUACAUGUGGGAGAAGAAAUACCAGGUUCUCAUAUUCUACCACUACCCUUUGUAUCAGGACUACCCCUUCCUGUGGCCAGGGAAUAAAAUGCCAGCACCAUGGGCUAAUACAACCAAUGUGCACAAACUGCUACAGUUCCUGGAGACGACUCUUGAGGAACGAAGUCGUUAUGGGACUUUUCAUGUUUCUCAAGCAAUUCUCACACCUCGAGUGAGAACUAUUGCACGGAAUCUAGUUCGUGGCCUGAAGAACACCCUUGUCCACAGGAACCUGCCCAUGAUUUUGAAUUGGGUGAAAGCACAGAAGCCAGGUAUUAUGGGUGUUAACAUAAUUACAUCAGACUUUGUGGAGCUGGUUGACUUUGCUGCUACAGUUAUUGCAUUAAACGACCUCCUUUUAGAAGAGGAUGAAUCUGCAACUAAAUCCUGAUUGCUGUGUCCCACUUAUGCUCCUCAAUGAACAUCUUCAAACUACGCCAUUUUAUUUAUGACGUGAAACCUAUUGCCAUCUUUGUGUAUUCAAAAAAAAUGUAGAGUAAACGUGGUUAAACAUCACAGAGGCAGGUCCCAGUGAUGCGUGGAUCGGAGCGGAACAGAAGGUGCUCUCUGAAUGCUGCUGCGUGUCUGCGGCUGCGUGUUUGCCUAAGUUAUGCACACAUCUGCUGCAGUCGGGUGCGGUGUCUGCCUGCCAGCAAGGGGCUGGCCUCUGGAGCAAAUGUACCCUGUUAUGGUGCACGUCUCCCUGGUGACUGGACUCGCCAUGCCCUUGUGUGGGCAUCCUACUUAUUUCUCAGCUCUAGGACUCAAACCAGGGGUUGCCACUGAUCUCUUAGCAGCAGUGUGACCAGGCUGCCCAAGACAGUGUUGUACUUGGGCCACCUCAGGCUUAGCUGGGCUCAGCUGGAGGCUGCUGCUAUAUUCAUUAUGCUGUUUUAGAGACUACCUCUGAUUUGCUUGGAGAAAUAAUAUUGCUGUUGUUCAGGGGAAGUUGUGCUGCUGUGUUGAAUAUCUGAACUGUCCUUUGGGCCUAAGAGGCAAAGACUUGGCGUGCUUUGCCUCUUUGUACUCCAAACUCUUCUUCUGGACCUCUUUAUUUUACUUCAGUAUUUUUUUUUUCAGACAUGUUUAAGUGUGUUUCUUUUGGCAUUAAUUUGGAGAAUAUUUCAGUCUUCAAAUUAUGAGGAUUAUAACUCACAAAUCUGAAUUCCUGUCAUGAGACAUUUGAGAAAUCACAGUGCAGCCUUUCUCUUGCUUGCUGGUCACUUGUUUUUUUCCAUCAAGUUUUCUUCGGAGGAAGUUUCACCCACAUAGCCUCUCUGAAAGGAGGUAGGCUAAGUGGGAGUUUGCUUGGUAUUUGAAGAACUGGAGCUGACAGGGACUGCUUAAAACCCAAAUACUGAAUCUGUGGUUGCAGUGUGGCAGUGAAUUCUGAAAUUAGACCCAAAAUGUGUGCUUAUAGUCAUAGAGCCACAGUUAUGAGGGAGAAAUUUCCUCUCUUGUGGCAAAGUAAGCAAUAGUCACAUGAGCAUAGGCAGGCAUCAGUGUGGCUGCUUUCUGUAGUCAUACUUGGUUAUGUGUUGAUUCACAAUAAAAUUUGGCCUGUGUGCUUGAGCCAAUGCAGGCACUUAACCGACUAGCUGAUAGCAGCCCUGCAGUCUGAUUUAUCCUUGGUUAAAAAACAAACCACACAAAACCAACACAAGUGACUGAUUAGCAGGUACUACUUAGCUCAAUCAUCUUCCCAAAGCAACUGUUGGUGCACUAAUUAUUCAGUGAUUAUGAAUUUGUAUUCAUCUCUAAGCUAUUUAUCAUAGAAUGGAUCGUCUUUAUAGAUAUUUAUUAGAAAGAAAAGUGAAUCUCCAUAUUUGCUAAUUUUGUUACUGUAUCCUGUAUCUGCCAUCAUGUUCUGACAGUGCAGAAAAAUCCUCUUUUCUUGCUUGUCAUGAACUCUGAACUCAGGACAAGUUUACCUAAAGGUUUGCAAGCCUUCCAUGUGAACCUUGGCUGAGUUCUGAGCAGAACGUAAUCUGUUUUAUCUGUUUGUUGCAUGGUUUUCAUUAGAAUUCCUUGAAUAUUUAUCCUUUUUCUAAGGGAGUUGAGCUGGGGGUGGCAGGGUGUCUGUCUCUCGAGCUGUCAUUUUUGCUUUUCUUUUGUGUUUCAGUGACAGGCAACAAGUAAUAAAAAUCACUCUGGAAACUAAAGAUCAAAUUGCUAGUUUAAAACUCCCGUUGAAAACCCUGGCAGAUUUUUUUUUUUUUCUUGCUGUUGAAAACAGGUUCCAACAGUUUCAACAGCGCUAUUCUGUUUGUAAAGUUACUUAAAAUACCCUGAUUUUCCUCAGCUGAAUUUUUUGUUAACCUGUUUUUCUUAUGGCCUCAACUGAAACUCCAUGGUAGUGCUAAAUGUAUGGAUUUGGUUUCAAAAGUCUUUUAGCUGCAGAUUGUCUUAAAGCUCAGAACUUGGAAGCACUUCGUUUGAAUGCUGAUGAGGCAGAAAUAACACUUGCAAGGUUUCCUGAAGAAGUGAAGGACAAGAUGAGAAGGUGAAAUGAAUAUGAUGUUCGCAUUCAAACGUUAAUAUAUUUUGUACUGUAUGUAUCUACCUCAAAAGAGAUUUAUCAGGCGUAACCAAUAUUUGUUGUAUGUGCAGAUUAAUGACUGGUGUUAGUUCUUAUAUUGUAUUUAUUUGAAUAGAGAUGUGAUGGUUGUAACUCAGGGCUUUGAUUAGGUGCUUUUAAGUACAAACUUAGAAGUUUUUCUAACAUUUUGUUAGCUCUCAUAAUUGACACAGGACGAAGGAAUGCCACGUGUUGAGUGUCAGCAGAGGGAGAACAACUGGAUUAAUGAUGAAGUGAGGGGAAGAGAAAACAUUUGUUCCUGUGGCCUGUCUGAAGGGACUAGUAUGUUAUUUCAGAGCAGUGCUUGGUGUUGCCCCUUGAUGUGAGGAACCUGACAGUCUCAAUAGCGAGUUGGGCAAUUGCCUGCAACAGAGUAUCUUCUGUGGAUAAUCUGGGGGAUGUUAAUGCCAAUGUUUAGAAUUAGUUUUAGGGUAGCUCUAAAGCAUCCUAGGCAGUAUGAGCUAGCUUUUUUCUGUUACACCUUAUAGCCCAUAACAGAGCUACCUGUAUAAUAGGCUUGCCUCUGACAUAGCACCACAGCAUAUCCAGGUUACCUCACACUUUGAAAAACAAAGCUCAUCUAGCUAUUGUACUUUGGAUUGCAGACUCUAUUUUCUGUCAUUAUGAAAAUAGAAGUGAGGUGGGCAGGAAGGAAGGAUCAAGGAAGUAGGGCAGUAGUUUGCAUCCAGUGUUCACACUGAAGGUGUGGCAGCAUGUAGCCAGGUUUCAGGAAGCAAAGUGAAGUAGGUGUGGCAGGUGAGUGAUGGUGGCUACAGCUCAUACUGAGAAACUCAGUUGAGCAUCUAGUCUCUCUCAGCUGGGUAGAGUAUGGAGCAACUAACACCCUGCAAGGUUAUGUGCAUAUGAGGUUGAGGAAAAUGAAGGCUGGCAUGAAUGCAGGAGAAGGCUGGGGAUUCCUUGCUGUUGUAGACCUUCAUCUCUUGAAUUAACUAUUUCGGUUUGGCUUCUGUCUUCCCCAAGAAGUAAGGUUUGCUUUUAAAUAGUUUAGGUGGAACACUUCCUCAGCAGAAUUGUUAUGAGGACUUGACCAUUCUGUAGGUGCUGGGAGAGGAAAAGCGAGGAAACUAGUAGCGGCUUGAUGCAAAAUGCAUGGUAUGUUAUUACAGAUUCAAGUUACUUAUAUGUUGUGUUAUGACUGUUUCUCUUCCUAAUGUGCAAUCACUGAAUGCCAAGCACAUGGGCAGUAUGCCCUUUCUCCUGGCACUGACUGCUGCUGUGUACAACUCAAGGGCAUACCUGAGGCACAGGAGUCCUCUGUAUGUAUCCCUCUGAUGGGGAUCAACAGUGAGAAGGUUUUACAAAACUUGUGUUAAUAGCAUCUCACUUUGUAUUAUUAAGUGAAAGCAAAGAGAAGUUAUUACUAGAUUUUUCAGACUAUCAAUCACUCAGCUCCUUAUUUGGGAACUGCUGUAUUUAACAACUGCAGAGCUGGGAGUUGUAAUGUUGAUUUUUUUUUUUGAGAAUAAAAAACAGAUUCCUUCUGUCCAACUCUUUUUCAAGAACUGAAGCGAUAACUUUCAUGUGCUUUGCUGUGAUGGAAAGUAUCCUGCUGGAGGCUGUGCUGGCAAGGCAGGUUUCAGAGGUCCUGUGGUCAGUAAGAGAUCAGAUUAGGAAUCUUCAGAGCACUAACGCUGGUUGCAAAGAGGCCCCUGUUCUACUACACAAAGUCUUUGGAGAAAAUAAAGGAAUAAUGGGAAAAAUAUAUCUUUGCUCCUGACACAUGCUCUUUUCUUCUGUGCUAAUAUGUUGGGAGUUCAGAAAGCACCUGUGCAGUAAAGCUGAAGAAUCACUUUUGAGCAGGGAUUUUGGCUCUGACAGAAGUAGGGUGUCUGCCAAGAUGCUUAUCUGUUCUCAUCUGGCUAAGCCUUUGGAAAUGCUUUUCAUGUACCUGUCUCAGGUGUCAGAGUUCAUUGUUGUAUCAUGUAGCAGACCAGGGUUUAGGACUUCUAUGGAUAAACAGAGUUUGGACCUGACUGUUUUGAUUUGAAAUUGGGCUACCCAUGGAAGUCAGACAGCAUAUGUGACUUGAGGUUUACUUGAAUAUACAAUAUUUAAUACAGAGUCCAUAUGCAGUUUUAGUAAGACUUUCAUCUAGACUUUGGCAUAUUGAUACCCAUCUCUAAUAAGCAGAUUCUUUAGUCAGAAGACCAUUGUUUGGGACAAAACAUCAGGCAAACUUCCAGUGUCUGUUUAAGCACAGAGAAAUUGUCUAAUAUGAAGAACAGGAUUGACCCAAAACUUCAUUUAAAAUACAAAUUGGGUCUAGAUGUAGUCAUUCCAGCAGUGGAGAUUAUUUUUUUUGCUUUUCUGUGUCUGACAAGUUCUUUUACCAGCUUUGGUUUUUGACUCGAUAGAUGAGUAGAAGAGCCAGAGCGUAUGCUGAAGAACAAAUUCUAUGCUAAGGAAAUGUAUAUUGAGCUAAGUGUAGUAAGAGUAUAGUAAUUUACUGAUAAUCUUACUAGCUUAGGUUGUUAAAUCAGUCUCCAUUUUGUAUUAAAAAAAAAUCAGUCUCACUGACUCAGUCUCUUGUUGAAGAAAUGUGUGUGCUUCUGUAAGUGUAUUUAUUUCCCUACAUGUCUUAUCAAGUAAAGAAGCUUUAUCUUUUAAAUGUAGGGACUGGAAAGGAAUCUCAGCUUUAGAACUGUUUGCUGAAGCUAAUUACAUUUUAUAUUUCUGAGUAUUUAUGUUGUUGUUCAUUGAAAUAUUGCUCCUCUUACCCUUUGUUAGAUCUGUGAUCACUUCUGUUUCUCACUUACAUUGAAAUAUAGUGUAUUCUUAAUUCUUAAAGUAUUGAUCCUAUAUAAAAAUAACUUUGGUUCUUUGAUUUUGCUCACUGUCAAAUGUGUUUUGCAGUUGGAUUUUUUGUGCUAUUUAUACUGCAGAAGGGGGCAGAGAGUCACAUGAAGAGGAGUUACCUAUUCUCAGUGUAUUUUGUGCAGCUUCUCUUCUUUCUGUUGGCAAUUUGUGCUUUACCCAUCUGUCCAAUUCAGUUUUGUGAAAGCAGGAUGCCUCAUUUGAACUGCAGAUAAAUUCUGUUUAUUUCUGCUUUACCCUACAUCUCUAUCAUUGGAGUUUUAAUCCUGAAAAUAAAAGUACAACUUGAGUUAAUCAUC